CGUGCUGGUUGCUGGCUUGCUCUUCAGGCAGGAGGGAGGAAGUGAAGCCGCAUUGUAACAUGGCUGACAGUGGAGUGACAGACGGGCCUGAAAAGACAGGUGACAUUGAGCGAAUAAAGAACGAAGGAAAAGAGCUGACCAAAGAGGAGAAGCAGAGGCUGAGGAAAGAGAAGAAACAGCAGAAGAAAAACAAAGAGAAGAAAGAUGAAAAGGCUCCACUGGAAAGCGAGAAAGAGAAGAAGCCCGCCAGUUCGUCCCCAGCUUCACAAGCAACCGCACAGCCCCCAACACAGAAAGCUUCCUCAGGAGUGCCUGCCCCUGCGCCUGUCCCUGUAGCUGCCUCAGAAGCUCCUUCCCCAGUAGACAAGCCUGCGAAGAGCAAAGCAGAGCUGAAGGCGGAGCGGAGAGCUCGGCAAGAGGCUGAGAGGGCCUCCAAGCAGAGCAAGAAGGGAGAGGUGGGACAGCAGGCAGCCCCUAGCAAGGCCAAGGCACCGCCCAGUGAGCUGCAGCCAGUGGUAAAGAGACUCCCAGAGCAUAUCCAAGUGGACAACCCAGAGGUUUUAAAGAAACUGGCCAAGAAGUUGGAAAGGCAACAGAUCCCACUCCGGUCGGACUAUGGCUACAAAGUCAGCCUGUUUUCUCACCUCCACCAGUACAGUCGCAAAGCCCCUCUCACACAACAGCUCAGCAUUCCCUCCUCAGUGAUUCACCCUGCUAUUGUGCAACUGGGUCUGCAGUAUUCGCAGGGCAUUGUGGCAGGCUCCAACGCUCGCUCUGUAGCCCUGCUGCAUGCCUUCAAGCAGAUAAUAAGAGACUACACUACACCUCCCAAUGAGGAGUUAUCUAGAGACCUGGUCAACAAGCUGAAACCCUAUAUCAGUUUUUUGAAUCAGUGUCGCCCUCUGUCAGCCAGCAUGGGUAACGCAAUCAAAUACAUCAAGAAAGAGAUCUCCAAUAUUCCUAGUCAAUGCAAAGAAGAAGAGGCCAAGAGCAAACUGCAGGACUGUAUCGACUGCUACAUCAAUGAGAAGAUUAUCCUUGCUGCUAAAGCUAUCGCCAAGUACGCCAUAGAGAAGAUCAGUGAUGGAGAUGUUAUUCUAGUUUACGGAUGCUCAUCGCUAGUCAACCACAUCCUGUGCGAGGCCUUUGAGAAAAACAGGAAGUUCCGUGUGAUUGUGGUGGACAGCAGGCCCAGGCUGGAGGGCAGGGAGGCCCUGAGGCGCCUCGUCCAGAGAGGCAUCAGCUGCACCUAUGUCCUCAUCUCCGCCGUCUCCUACAUCCUACCAGAGGUUUCUAAGGUGUUCCUGGGUGCCCACGCUCUGCUGGCCAAUGGUUACGUCAUGUCUCGUGUGGGGACGUCCCAGAUCGCUCUGGUGGCCAAAGCCUUUAAUGUGCCUGUGUUGGUGUGCUGUGAGACCUACAAGUUCUGUGAGAGGGUGCAGACAGAUUCCUUCGUGUCCAAUGAACUAGAUGACCCCGAUGACCUCAUUGUGACCCGGAAGGGGAAAACCCAUUUGGAACACUGGCAGGACGUGUCCUCCCUCGGCCUGCUCAACCUGGUCUAUGACGUGACGCCGCCCGACUUCGUGGACCUGGUCAUCACAGAUCUUGGAAUGAUCCCGUGCACCUCGGUCCCCGUCGUGCUGCGGGUCAAAAACGUGGACCAGUGAAUCUGCUCCAAGUCCCAUCUGUCUGAGCCAAGAGGCCACCACUCCGCAUCUCAGACGAGUCUGUGUGCAUCAGUGCUUGCACACUACACAAAAUAUUGUGCUUUUGGCAUGCAAUAAAUAUAUAUCUGAAAUGACA